AGAGAAAUCAAGCUGCAGUUAUAACUUGUAUAAAUAUAUGUCUGCACGUUUUAGAAGCCUUAAGGAUCCAAAAAGGAAUUUUAUUGAUGAUCAUAGAAAGUACACAUUUGUAAUAAUAUUUACUCUGUUUCUUUGUCCCCCUCUUUAAGCUUUCUUUUGCCUCCAAAAAUUCAAGACCCUUUACAGGGAAACUUAAGGGUGGACAAAAAUGGAGAAGAUGAGGCAAUGGGGUUGGCUUCUGGGGUCAUUUGCAGCAAUGCUUCUUCUGGUUUUGUUCUUGGCUCGUGAUGGAAGUUACGACGAGACGACAAACCCAGUAAGACGAUCACUGAGAAGCAUAAUUCCUUGGCAACAACAUGGUGUCAGUUUAACAGCAAAGAACCGCAAUAGAGUUGUUUUGGAUAAUGGCAUUGUCAAACUCAUUUUCUCUAAUCCGGAGGGAAACGUUAUUGGAAUACAAUACAAAGGCCUUGACAUACUUGAAAUGGGGAAUGAAGAAGAUAAUAGAGGGUACUGGGAUUUGGUCUGGAAAAAGAAUACAACUGACAAACUACAAGCAACAAAAUUUAAGGUGAUUACCGCGAGGCCAGACCAAGCAGAAAUUUCUUUCCUAAGAACAUAUGAUGUUUCCCUUGGUAACGGCACGAACAUAAUUCCCUUGACCGUAGACAAAAGGUACAUAUUGCGGAGGGGUGCUUCUGGUUUCUAUGCAUAUGGAAUAUUCGAACGCCUUGAAGGGUGGCCGGGAGUUCAGGAUAUGGAUCAAAUUAGAAUGGUUUUCAAGCUUGAACAAGCCAAAUUUGAUUAUAUGGCGUUAUCAGACACUAGGCAAAGAAUGAUGCCAACAGCAGCGGACCGUGGUAAUGGUGAGCAACUUGCGUAUAAGGAAGCUGUUCUUUUGACAGAUCCAAGCAAUCCUGAGUUUAGAGGAGAGGUAGAUGACAAGUACCAGUACUCAAUCGAGGACAAAGAUAACAAAGUUCAUGGUUGGAUUAGUACUGAUGAAUCUGUGGGAUUCUGGAUGAUCACACCCAGUGAUGAAUUUCGAACAGGAGGCCCCUUUAAGCAGGACCUCACCUCCCAUGUUGGCCCAACUACCCUCUCGAUGUUUGUUAGUACUCAUUACGCUGGGAAGGAUCUUGGGAUCAAAUUCGAAGAAGGUGAGGCAUGGAAAAAGGUUUUUGGACCCGUCUUUGUGUAUCUUAACUCGGCUCCAAGCUCAAAGAAUUCUACCAGUAUACUUUGGAAUAAUGCUAAACAGCAGCUGUUUAAAGAAGUCGAGAUCUGGCCGUAUAAUUUCACUCAAUCCGAGGACUUUCCUUCUUCUGAUCAAAGGGGAUCGGUUUCCGGCCAGUUACAAAUACAUGAUCGGUACAUCAAUGAGAGCCUUCUCCCAGCAAGUUCUGGCUAUGUAGGAUUGGCUGCACCAGGAGAAGUGGGAUCAUGGCAAAGGGAAAACAAAGGUUAUCAAUUUUGGAAUCAAGCCGACGAAGAAGGUAGAUUCAUUCUCAAAGAUGUUCGACCCGGAAACUAUAGUCUGUAUGCAUGGGUUCCUGGCGUUGUUGGGGAUUACAAAUAUGAGGCUGAUAUUACAAUUAUUCCAGGGUGUAAUAUCAAACUGGACAAUCUUACUUUCGAACCUCCAAGAACUGGUCCUACAUUGUGGGAAAUUGGCAUCCCUGAUCGAACUGCUGCCGAAUUCUACGUACCAGAUCCUUAUCCGACUCUUUUGAACAAUCUAUACAACCACAUACCCUCAGAAAACUUCAGGCAGUACGGGUUGUGGGCACGUUAUGGAGAGCGAUACCCUCAUAGUGAUCUUGUCUACACUGUAGGUGUCAACAAUUACACUGAUCACUGGUUCUAUGCUCAAGUGACCAAGAUUACUGGAGAUGAAACAUAUGUAGGAACAACGUGGGAAGUUGUAUUUGAACUUCAUAAUGUCACGAAUCCAGGAAUAUAUACACUCCAGUUGGCAUUGGCCUCGGCACAUAGUGCAGAAUUGCAGGUUCGGAUUAACAGCCAGAGCGACGAGAGACCUCUUUUCUCAACAAAGUUAAUCGGAGGGGACAAUGCGAUAGCAAGACAUGGAAUCCAUGGUCUGUACUGGUUGUUUAGUGUUGAGAUACCGAGCUCGCUACUAAAGGAAGGAAACAACAGCGUGUACCUUUCUCAGACGAGAGGUGGUGAAACUUUCCAAGGAGUCAUGUACGACUAUAUCAGACUUGAAGCACCUUCAUCACACACUGACUCACAAGUAGUGAUAUAGAUGUUU